UCUGUCAAAAGAAAUCACACAGCUGAUUUUGCAUAGGAUUCGUGUGAUUUGAUGAUUUAUUUUCAGUUCCGUGUGAAAAUGGGAUUAAUUUUAAGGGAAAUUUAGAUAUUAUUAGCCGGAUAUCAUCAAAAUUGCUCUGAUAGUGGUGUAAUAUAAUCUUGUUAACCAUGGAUUUCUUUACCGAGGUGAUCGGAGAGACUGUAAUUCUUGGGUUGGAUUCGCUGAUCCUCGGCUUCUGUGUGAAGCAGCUUAGCAAAUGCAAGCAUAUAUUAAAUGCUUUACAGACCGCACCAGUGCUGGACAUAGACUCAUCACUGUGCAGAGAGAUCAGCAAGUACCCCAACCACACCAUCCCGUAUGUGGUGAUCCGGGGCUUAGUGAAGCCUCUCGGGAACCCCAUUGUUAGCAACUACAACAACUCCGUCACUGGUGUUGUGCAAAGGCUAACCAUAAAGGAGCAUGUGAUAGCGCGCACAUCAGCCGGUUUCUGGUCGGACCAGACGCGCACGAUACAUGAGGUGUGCAACUCCUGUCCCUUCGUGCUGAGCAAUGGCAAGUUCAGCAUUGAAGUGGUGGACGCGCUGGCAGCAGAGUUACUUGAUAUGGACGUGAUCUCCGACAAGUUUGAGCCCAUGUCCCCCGGCGUCAUCGACCACGUGUGGGGGUUCUUCUCCGGCGUGAGGCAGCGGGGGCUCCAAUCCAUGGAGGAAAUGCUGCGAGAUGGUUCCUUUAUAACUGCUGUGGGGGAGCUCAGUGGUCCCCCGGGGGCCCUGAAGAUACAGCCACCGAGAGAUGGUCUACCAUUGUACCUCACAACUGCUACGAAGUCAACUUUACUCAAGAGAUUGGCGAGCUCUAGAGAUUUCCUAAGAGUCCUAGUGGUCCUCUUCGGCACCGUAGCAGUGCUGGCAGGCUCCCGCAUCGCCUACAAAUACAUAUCGCGACGGCGACGCAAGGCGCGCGAGAACGAAGUGAAGAAGCAGCUCGCGGCGGGCCGGCGGGAGCGCCGCGCGCGCGCCCGCGACCGCGACCUGAGCGAGGCGCAGCUCUGCGUGGUGUGCGCCGAGAACCCUAAGGAGAUAAUCCUGCUACCCUGCGGCCACGUGUGCCUCUGCGAGGACUGUUCCGACAACAUCACAGAGCAGUGCCCGAUCUGCAGGGAGCGGAUAGAAUCACGCGCGCCGGCCUUCAUCACGUAGGGGCUGAUACAGCGGGCUGGUUGAGACGACGGGGCAGGUUGAAACGGUGAACUUGAGAGUAUGGGGCAGGAUGUAAAGUUUUUAAUCUCCAUCCUCGACAAUAGUGAAAAUUAGACGCUCGUUAAUUGUUUUUAUUUGGUGCAUUUCCUGCUACACUGGUGCUGAUGUAAUGUAGGCAACAGAAGCAUGCCAUGUGUUAUACAGGGGUCAUUUUACUAGGCUAGCUGGCUGGCCUAAAUAAUAUUAUUGUUUAAGCUGAUUCUACACCUACAGUCAACCUAAAGUGAGUUUGCGCAGUAAGUUCAUACUUAGAUAAAAUAGCGCUCACGUGCUAAACAGAGCUCAUUGGCCUACCCCGAAAACGGAAAUCCGCAAAUUGCGGGUAUCUUUCUCUGUUACUAAUUACGCCUUAUAUGGAGUAAAAGAGAAAGAUGUCCGCAAUUUGCGAACUUCGGCAUUCGCGGUAGGCGCUCUGUUUAUUAGUCAAAUAGUAUACUGCUAUAGUUUAGCUUAGCCAGUUACUAUGUCAUAGUUCAAUAAAAUAAUGUGUAUUUUAUAAAUGUCUCAUUAUAUUCUUUCUUAUGAUUAAUGUAACAAUGCAAUGUAUUUGUAUUAUUUAUGAAAUAUUGUUCACUUAACCCAAGGCUCGAGUGUAAGCGCGCCCCGAAUUGUACAAUAUAGUUAACUAAUUUUAGGUUAUGUUUGUAAUAAAGCUGAGCGUAUUUUGUGCUAAGUUGAUAGGGUGUGUACGAAAAUAAUAAACGUUUUAUAUAAAA